GCUCUCCUCUCACCCGCCGCCCGGGUGGCCCGCCGAGGCUUCGCUAACCGAAGCGCCCGCCGUCUUUUGCAGUUCUCGGGGUGGGAGGAUGCGCUCCGCCGUGCUGCUUCGUCACUGGAGUCUGGCCGUCUUCUUGCUGUGCUCGCCGGUCGCGCCUUACGGGAGGACGGCGGACGCGCUCGGGGGCAGAAUGCGGCGCUCGGUGAGCCACGCCCAGCUGAUGCACGACAAAGGCCGCAGCAUGCAGGAGCUGAAGCGUCGCCUGUGGCUGCAGGAGCUCCUGGAGGAGGUCCACACGGCCGAGGAGCGGCCGGUGACGGGCGGCGGAGGCGGCGGCGGCGGCGCUUCGCCCGACUUCAGCGGCAACGACCUCCGCCAGAAGCCCCCCGAGGCCACCAAGGACCUGCCCCACAGGUUGGGGCCGGAGCGCGAAGGCCCCGUGCUGCCGCAGGAGACCCACAAGGCGUCGGCCUACAAAGACCAGCCGCUCAAGGUGGCCACCAAGAGGAAAAAAAAGGCCAGGCUGGGCCGGCGCAGGGAAGGCGACAGGAAGCGCAGGAGGAGCCGCGCCGUCCCGACUCCGGACUGA